AUGGAAGAGAAGAAGAAGGAGGUGGCCGCCUUGACCGAGGCUUGCAGCACCCUAGCGGUUAUGAACGGGAAGAUCUAUCAUGCACAGGACGACGCACGGAUCACCAAGGAGGUCACAGAGAAGGCCCAAGAGGAAGCUACCCGGUCUAAGGAGGAGGCCGCUAUAGCCAAGGAGGCGACUGUCAAAGCUCGAGAGGAGGCAACACGGUACGAGGAGGCCAUCCAGUUGGAUAAGGGGAAAAGGCAGGCGGAGGCCGACUUGGCCACCGCUAGGGAAAAUUAUGCUGGGUUGAAGACCUUUCUUUUGGAGUAUAACAAAGCACAAGCCGCUACCGAGGAAAAAGAAAAGAAGGCCUUGGAAGAGAUCGAGAGAGAGAAGAUGCGCUCCGAGACGCUAGCCGAUGAUGUCGAACGGUUGAAGGAGGUGCUGCAAGAGAGGGAGGGGGCCAUCACUCUAUCUGGCAAGCUGGUCGAGGAUCUGAGGGUCAAGAAGACUGAGAUGGCCUGCUUCGUCAAGAAGCUCGAGAGGGAGAACACUGACUUGGUUGGGGAGAACACCGCCCUUCACGAGCGUGUUCGUGAGCUUAAGGAUGAACUGCUGGCAGCCCAGGCUACUUUUUAG